UUAAACAGUAAAAUGGAUCCUUGAUAAACUUGUUAUUUUUGUUGUUUUCCCCAGUUUAUAAACAGUAUUAGUUUCCCCCCUCAGAGUGUUUCAUUCCCAGUCCUUGGUUGGAACAGGGACAGUGGAUUUCCAGAAUGUUGCUGAUCCUUUUCUCCAUCUCCCUGUGUUUUUCCUGGGUCUCUCCCGACACUAACUCACACACGGUGAUAUACACUGUAUCUUAUGGCAGUGAAGAAUUUCCUGAGAUUACAAGUGCUGCAAUUGUCAAUGGAGUCCAAAUCGGUCAUUAUGACAGUGAUGUCCGUCGGUGCAUCCCCAGGCAGCAGUUCAUGGCUGAAUAUGUCGAUGUGGAAUUCUGGGACUAUGUCUCAGAUCUGGUGACCGCACAUUCAAACCUGGCAAAGGAGAAUCUGGAUACAAUACUGAAGAUGACAAACCAGACAUCCGGAAUUCAUGUUCUUCAAUGGAUUCGGUCUGUUGAGGUCACUGAAGACGGCUCCAUUAAGAGAUCGAUGCGAGUUGGGUUUGAUGGGAAGGAUUAUAUUAGUUUAGAGCCAGACAGAAUGAGAUGGGUCGCAUCCAAUCACUUUGCAGUGAAGACUAAAGAGAAAUGGGAUUCUGAUGAAACCUGGAACAACUACUGGGAAAGUCAUCUACAACAAGUAUUUGUUAAACAUUUAAAGAAAUAUUUACAAGCUGGGAAGGAAUAUUUCAAAAGGAACGUUCAGCCUGAAGUGUUCAUCUCCAGAAGUGACCCCGAUAGUCAGUACAAGCCGCUCACUCUCUCCUGUCUGGUUACUGGGUUUUAUCCUGUAGACAUCGAGGUGAGCUGGCUAAGGAAUGGAGAGGUAAUGUCUGAGACACUAUCCUCGGGGGUUCGACCCAACCACGAUGGGACCCAUCAGACCCAGAAAGAGAUUGAAAUAAAUGCUGGGGAUGAGGAUCAAUACUCCUGUCAAAUUGAACACAGCAGCCUGGCAGAGACCCAGCUCUAUCAGUGGGAAAUCCAAGAAAACAAUGCAGGACGCUCCCAACUUGGAAUGAUAAUUGGAUUAGUCGCUGCACUGGCUGCUCUACUUCUGAUAAUCGGAAUAAUCAUCUGGAAAAGCAAACAGAGAGAUUCACCAAGUGUGACCUACACAACAGCUCAGACUUCUGAUGUCACUGUUCCAGAACGUUCCAUCAGCUAAAGGGAAGGCGAUGGCGUAGUGGUGUUGUUAAAGCAUAAGUAAUCCAAACGUUGAGUAAUUCAAACACCCAGGGUAAUCCUCUAGGGCCCUGAGUUCAAAUCCCAUCUUAACAGAUAACCAUAAUGCUGUCUCACCCUCCCAGACACUGUUAAACCCUGUCAGACUAAUUUCACUGUCCUCCUGACCCUGUCUCACCCUCCCAGACACUGUUAAAACCUGUCAGACUAAUUUCACUCCCCUCCUGACCCUGUCUCACCCUCCCAGACACUGUUAAAACCUGUCAGACUAAUUUCACUGCCCUCCUGACCCUGAACCAAUUGCCCUGUUUCUGUCCAUUCCUUAUCUCGUGGGUUUACCGUGUUCCACUGCAGGACAUUCCCAGAGCCUCAUUGAUGAAUAACUGGAUUUGCCUGUUCUAGUGUGAACAUGGACAUCAUCGUUCAUCCUUCCAUAUCACAGCAGACACACAGAAUCACAGCUCAUUGUUUACACUGAGUGCUUUGAUGAUGGAGAUCUAUUUUUCCUGGGAAUGUGCUUCCACAGAUUGAACGGUGGGUCCUGGAUCCACCAGGUUGGGAUCCUGAUUCUUCAAGUGAGACUUUCUCAAGUAGCGUUUCCAUUCAGUAUCCACAAUGUGAUGGUUCUCACAGUCGAACGGAACUUCAGGGAUGAUUUUCCCUCACACUUUCUUAUCUUCAACAACUUGUUCAGGCUGACUGUAUGACCUGAACAGAGUAAAUGUCAUGAGGCAACUCAGACAGACACAUUUUAUAUUGAUUGAAGCUGAUCUAUUUUGCACUUUCUGCAAUGUCAGAUUUACACUGUUAUAUAUUCUACAUUUGUAAAUUUUAUCACUAAAAUAUAUUUACUGAGAUAAAACACAUUUAUAUCCUCAAUGUUUCACUACAAGUGCUGAUAAUUGUGGUUUGUUGUUAAUAAAUAAUUGUCAGU